AUGGCCCCGUCUGAACUUGCUUGUAUCUACUCUGCUCUCAUCCUUCAUGAUGAUGAGGUUACAAUCAUGGAGGAUAAAAGUAAUGCCCUCAUUAAAGCAGCAGGUCUAAAUGUUGAAUUGUUCUGUCCUGGAUUAUUUGCAAAGGCCCUGAACGAUGUAAACAUUGCAAGUCUCAUCUGCAAUGUAGGAGUUGGUGGACCUGCCCCAGCAGCUGUUGUUGCUGCCACUUCUGGAGGUGCUGCUCCUGUUAGCACAGCUGUCCCCACUGAGAAGAAGAAAGAGGAAGCAGAAAAAGAAGAAUCUGAGGAGUCUGAUGAUGACGUGGGCUUUGGUCUGUUUGACUAA